CUUUCAAAGUCUAUAUAAAUCAUUGUGUACAGUGUAUUUUGAAGAAGGAAAUCAUUUUUAAUAAUUUGUGAUACAAAUCAUCAAUGCCUUAGAUAUUAGGACAUAUGCUAUAUGUAACUAAUCAAUGGGAUUUAACGUUUCUGUGAAUAUUUAAGAAAUCUGAACUGUUAAAUGCAUUUAUUUAAACCACGAUAUUUAAAUACGUCUACGAUAAUUAUCAGCUGUAUAUUAAGCGCUGACUGCCUAUGUAGAGUUAAGUGGUGCAUCGACAAGUUGGACAGAGCUUAGUUAUCGAUGAAGGAGCCGAUAGUAACAGUCAAACAGGGAAAAUUGAGGGGUACCGUUGUUGAAAGUGUUCUAGGCCCUUCUUAUAUCGCAUUUUGGGGAAUACCAUUCGCAGCUCCUCCCGUCGGAGAACUCAGAUUUAAGGAUCCAGAACCAGCUGACGGAUGGAUCGGUAUAAGGGAUGCUACCAACAGUUCAGUAAAUCUUUGCCCACAAAGAUUAGACUUCCCAACGCGCGAUUAUGUCGGUGACGAGGAUUGCCUGUAUUUAAAUGUUUAUACUAAUUCCCUAAAUGGACCUAAACCGGUCAUGUUCUGGGUCCAUGGCGGCGCGUUCAUUUCCGGAACCGGGGCCAUCUCGAAUUGGGGACCUGAUUACUUGGUGCGGAAAGACGUCAUCAUCGUGUCACCUAAUUAUAGACUGGGUGCAUUCGGUUUCUUAAACCUGCAACACAAGGAUGCGUCCGGUAAUAUGGGCUUGAAAGAUUUAAUUCUAGCUUUGAAAUGGGUUAACCAGAAUAUCGCUUCAUUUGGCGGAGAUCCAAAUAAUAUUACGGUGUUUGGGUUCAGCGCCGGUGCAGCCUUAGCUCAUGCCAUAAUUGUAUCACCACAGUCGCGAGGACUCUUCCACAAAGUGAUUCUGCAAAGUGGAACGAUAACGUGUCCAUGGAGCUUCGAAACGGAUCGCAAAAGUUUUCGACUUGCGUCGUUGCUUGGCAAUAAAACUACAGAUACGGAAGAAAUGAUUAGAUUUUUGAAACAGGUGCCUGCUAUGGAUAUCGUCAAAGCGCACGCGUCCAUUCUUACGAAAGACGAGAUGCGAAAAUACCAUAUUCGUUGUGCUCUCAGCAUCGACACGGCAUCGGAAAAUCCAGUAUUACCAGUUCCAUUGGAGCAAUUAGUUCUGAACGAUGUCAACAUUCCCAUGAUAAUAGGAAACACGUCACACGAGUUCAUAAUAUUUUUAAGAGACAACACUAAGAAGACAUUCGACGAUCUGAACAAGCAUUUCGUAGAUUUCGUGAAAUAUAUGGCAACAGCGAAAAAUUUAGACCCCGAAGAGACAGAAGAAUUAUCACGAAUUGUCAAAGACUGGUAUUUCAAGGCACAACCGAUCUUCAGUGAAGAUAACAUAUUAGAUGCGUUAGAAUUUUUGAGUGACAUGUACUUUACUCUUCAUUUCAAAGUGUUUCUGGAGAAUCGAGUGAAAAGGACGUCAGCGCCCACUUAUUCUUAUAUUUAUUCCUACGUUGGUGGUCAGAAGUCACAGGCGGACUUUCUCGUCAAACGAUUCGUUAAAGGAGUUUCCCAUACCGAUGAAAUGCCGUAUUUGUUUAACAUGCUUUGUUGUAAAACUGAGGACGAAGGAGUACCUGAGAAGGGUACAAAAGAUCGAGAAAUGAUGGAGCGUUUAACUACAAUGUGGACUAACUUCGCGAAAACCGGGAAUCCAACUCCAACUCUCGAAGAUGUUGUCAAUGUCACUUGGAAACCCGCGACUAAGGAUAAGCUUUAUUAUUUAGAAAUCGGCGCAGAAACCAGGUUGUCAGUUCAUCGGCCGCACGUGUUGAGUGCUCUAUAAAAUCGACUAAGCUGUGUGAAAUAUAAAAUAAAAGAUGGAGUAAUUGGCAUGAACGAAAGAAACGGCACAUUUACUUAUUAGUAUUAAAUUAAACAAAAAAAAAAAA